ACACGGAUAGCAGGAGUUUGGCCCAAACGCCACAAUGUCCCAGCGUUAAUUUGGAGCAAUAUUUUCUGCCACCCACACCCUCAAUAUCUCCCUCGUCUAGUAGAUCCUGUUCGCCAGUAUCAGAAUUCAACGAUAUGGGUUGUAAACCCUUGGCAUGUUGUAAUGACGUAGAACCCUCACAUGACGAUAGUCAACAACUGGCAAAUGAUGAUGACCAUGAUGAUGAUGUUGCUAAUAGUUCGACAGAAUCUUCUUUUGAUUUGCAUCCGCCUUUGUUGCCCUCGUUUAAUGUGACGCCACCAGCGGCAGCAAAACAACAGCAGCAACGAAAUGCUGCCUACGAAUUGGCUAGAUUUUUACGUGGUUCAUUUCAUGUCAAACGCGCCAAGAUAACACACUUACGUCGAUCACUUAGUGAUAAUGAAAAUUUACAAAACGCUGACUUACCCCCAGCACAAUUGCGCACGUCAAAACCCAGCGAGAUAAAGACAGAGACAAAGGCCAAAAAGAAAGUAUUAGAGGAUACAACAAAUCAGAGAGCUAGAGGAAGUACUUCAAGUAUUUGUACUCGUCUAUUUCCCGGAAAUACCUCACCAUUUCGUCGUGUAUGGGAACAAUCGUCUUUGCGUACACCACGUUCCGAUAAGUAUGCUCUAAGUGGUGCUAAGCAAAAGAGUCCCGGCCUACGUUGUUCAGCUUCCAUGAUUGCAUCGGAAAGUAAUGUCUUUAACAAUACAGCGUCGGAUCCCAAACUAUGUUCCAUUAUCAAAUCAACGAGUGCUAAUCAGAAAAUGCCUAUGCGUACACAAUCGGAAAAGUUGAUCUCCUCGCAAAGCAAUGGCGUCAAGUCAUGGGCCAAUUCAUUUGAACAUUUGCUGCAAGAACCGGCGGCCUUGGCAACAUUUGCUGAAUUUUUAAAGUUGGAAUUUUCCGCUGAAAAUAUCUAUUUUUGGACAAGCUGUGAACGUUAUCGCAAUACGGAAAGUCUUAGCGAACGCCAAGCUCAGGCUAAACAAAUAUUUCAAAAAUAUUUAGCCAAUGGCUGUCGAGAGCCCGUCAAUUUGGAUUCGCACACUCGGAAUCUUAGUGAGGAAAUGUUGAAAAAUGCUGAACGCAAUCUGUUUGUGGCCGCCCAAAAGCAAAUAUUUCAUUUAAUGAAAUUUGAUAGCUAUCAAAGGUUUAUACGUUCGGAUUUGUAUAAGAAUUGUGUGCAGGCCGAGGAAAAAGAUCAACCCUUACCGUAUGGUGCUGAAAAUUUGGAUGUUUUAUUGAAAACAAAUUUUUUACAAAGUGCCUCACCAAAGUUAAAAAAAUCGGCCAGCAACGCCGAAGAACGCCGACGUAAAAUAAUCUUACCUUGGCAUCGUAAAACUAGAAGUAAAUCUCGAGAUCGUGUUGAUCUCUUAAGUGAAGAACACAACACAGCUAAUAACGAUAAUAACUCUUCCGAUGGCAGUUCGAACGGUUUGAACACACUCUUAGUACCCUCCUCCAAACUAGCCUUACUCUCCUCUACACUACCUCCUCAAGCUAAACCUCCAAAGGAAAACUCUGAUAGUCAAAUACAAACUCUAAGAUCUUCUCUACCCACUUCUCUAAAAGCUGUCGAAACCGGUUGUUCUCUAUGCAGGGUUAAGUUUUGCGAUGGUGCCACCACCAUUGUACAGAUAAAACCCAAUGAGACCAUACAACAAUUGGUAGAACGUGUCUUGGAGAAACGUGGUCUACGCUACAAACUAUACGAUGUGGUCAUUAAAGGCCACUCCCAAGCAAUUGAUUUACAGGCCUCAACGCAAGAGCUGGCCGGCGAGGAAGUGGAGAUCGAACAGCGAGUUACGUUUAAACUCUAUUUGCCCGAUCCCAAAGUUAUUUCAGUCAAAAGUAAACCAAAGAAAUAUUUACAUGAAGUGGUGAGACCCAUUUUGCAAAAAUACAAUUAUGAGCUGGAAGCAGUCGAUGUUUUGCGUCGUGAUAGUCAUGCAAAAUUAGAUUUAAGUCAACUGGUGACUGCAGCCGAUGGUCUACGUUUGCAGAUUGUUGUCCAGAAGAAUGCUGAAGCGGGCAGUUUGGUGGACUAUCAAAAUGAUAAUAUUUCUAUGAAAUGGUUAAAGUCCAAAGAAUUGGCCAAUGAAGUCGUGGCACGCAACGCCAUGGGCAAUAGUUUUCGCAAUAAUUUGCGCAGCUCGCAAAAUAAUUUAGAUGCAAUCACCAAUAGUAUUUUCAAUGAUAUUAUACAGGAUAAAGCAAAGCCAGAAUCUAAACUACAGCCGACAGAUCAGUAUUCCAUAAAGUCUGAUGAAUGCGGUUCAGAAGCUUCCUCAAUGUUUGGUACAUUGAAUAGCAAAAAAGAUGCCCAUCUCAUGUCAAUGAUUCGACUGAAAAACAAACAAUAUGCGUCCAAUAAUCAGCAACAUUCCACGGAAGCUAAUAUCUCUUCGAAUAGCUCUCAAACUUCAAACGAAUUUAAUAAACCAAUUAUAGCCAAACUGAAAGCUGGUGUAAAAUUGCAAGUUACCGAAAGAGUUGCAGAAAAACAAGACGAACUACUCAUGAGCUUAAAAACACGCUUGGAUAAUCAAAUGUCGGGAGAGAAUAAUGAUAAUAUUAAUGAAAACGACCAAAUGUCCGCCGUAAAUCUACGACGAGUAAGAGCAAAUUUAAGUCCAGUUAAUAAGACAAUUCCCACGGACGAACGUCCUCUAAGCCUAGAAAGACCCCAGCCCUUAGCUAGACAUUCUUUUGGCAAUAAAUUGCCAAUGAACAGAAAUUCUAGCGAAUCAACUAAUCAGCAUGAAACUGAUACUACAACAAAUGCAGCUAAUAAAGGACCACCACCUUUACCACCAAAACCAAAGGUUCUACCAACUAAACCCUCUAAUUGGGGUUUUAAUAUCUCUGACCAAACAACACUCCAAUAGCAUUACAAUUUUUUAUACCUUUUUAUGUAUGUAUUGUAUGUUUAUUUAUUUAUAUUUAUAAAUAAUUUAAACCAAAUAAUCGUUAUUUUGUAUAUAAAAAAUGUUUUUUUUACGUUAAGCAAUAAAUAUAUGAAAAGUAUUUAAUACUAUAAAGAUUACUAAA